UUAUUUGCAUCCUGAAGCAAUGUUGAAAUUUAACAUUAUUCCUCCUCAACUACCCGGGAAAGAAUUUCCCAACCGUUCAGCAGAAAAUGUAAAUCGGUGGAAACCAAAACAGGUGCAGCCACCUUCGCCAUCAUGGCCGCCGCACCUCCGCCUCCAUGAAGCCUUCCACACACUGCAAUCCCACGUCUCCAGCUUCCUCCAGAAACCCCAGAAUCUCUUCAACCUUAAUAAAAGAAAGAAUCUUGCCAUGUCUAAUCAGGAAAUUGGAGACCAAUUGAGUAUGACACCUGUUUAUGGUGUCAAAGUUUCUUGUGAUGAACCUAUUAAGAUUUUACCCAUGGAUCAAAGAAAAUCAAUUCUAGGGUAUUUCUUUAGUAAAGCAGAUGCUAUGGGUUUUGCGGAAUAUAUGAAGAGGUCUUCAACUCCUUCAAGGGAAAACUUCGUAGUUUCCGAAGCACUUGAUGAUGUUUUGGAGUAUCAUAUAGAAGAUGGGCCAGUCAUGUUAAUACCAGAGGCAUAUGAAGUGAAAAACGCUUUACAGGUUAAAAUGAAAAAUGGUUAUCAAGAUGAAACAUUUUCUGGUAUUCCAGUUUUUGAGUUGAGUAAUUUGAGUUUAUGCGAUCAUUAUUUGCGUCUCACAGACGAAGGGUGCCUAAAUCAAAGACGCCCGGUUUUCUUCAAAAAGGAGGAUCUAGAAAAGUCCUAUGUAAAAGCAAGAGCUGCAAGUCAUGGCGAGAAGUCAAAACUUAUUGACAUAGAGGCACACAUAAAGGUUUUUGCUCUCGAGGAUAUAAUACAAUCAAUGAAGGAUAAUUCAACAUCAGAGUGGAACAAUGUUUUUUUUGCAUAUCCUGGUGAAGAUAUUCAAGCUGGUCCAUCACCCCCAGACGGAGAGGAAGAGGGCUGACCGUGUAAUACACAAUCCCUGACCUAAUAAUCAAUUAGGUUUUUAUUUUAUUUUAUUAUUUUACUUACUUCAUUAAAUAGGAAUUGAUUUCAUGACUUGAUUUUGAUUUAAUUACUUGUUCAUGUAUUUUUCUUUUAUCUCUUGGAAUUUUGAUAUUUAACAUAGAGUGUGAAGAGUCGAUAUUGUUUGAGUUGUCAUAUCUCACUAAUUGGUAUAUUUUUAAGUAUAAGACUUAAAGUUCAUCUAUAUUUAAAUUAAGCAUGUAUUGAGGAAUAGUUUUUCAACGAAUGAAUUUAUUUUGAAAAAA